AUGCCUCCGGGGAUUCAAAGGGUUCACAUAAAUGGCAUCUAUUAUUGGAUGGCCGGUGAUGGUGUUAUCCUCUCCUUUGACAUGACUACUGAGAAGUUCCCUUCCAUUUCCACACCUCUUAUUCCCCUGCCCCAAACUGAUCUUCUUAAUUACUUCAGUAUUAACCUUAUUCUUGCUGAGUUUAAUGGACAGCUCGCCACUAUUGUCCACAGUGAUUUGGAAUCAUUAAGUCUUAAUUCUUUCCAUAUUCAAAUUUGGGUAUGGAAUCAUGAAUCAUGGUCUAGAGUGCUGUCCAAUGUCGGUAUUGUCAGUGGCGUUGCAUAUCGUAAACUGUUGGGCUUCUUCAACAAUGUUGAACUAUAUGUUCAAUCCUGGGAUGGUGAAGUGGCAGCCAAUCCAAGCGUGCCUGUCUGCUCCAGCUGGAAUAUGACCAAGUGUAAUGGUUGCGAGGUUGAGGCAGGGAGCGACAGUGAUCAAGAAAGCAAUGAUGAAGUGAGAUCAUCACGAAAGCAUCAGAAACGUGCUCGUUGCAAAGUAGAACCUCCUACCUCAAAAGCGUCAGACAGUCAAUUCCUUUCCCCAACCCUAGGUUUGAGUUAUGGUUGCCUGUCAUUGUUAAAGAAGAAACGCUCUGGAGGGAGCAGACCUCCUCCUGUUGGAAAAAGGACGCCAAGGUUCCCCAUUUCCUUGCCAUAUGACACUAUGCGCGAUGAUAAAUAUUUUUCUCCAACCAGUAAAGGGUUGCAACUGAAUGCUAAUGCUGAUGAUGAUGAAGUAGCUCACGAAAUUGCCAUAGCUUUGGCAGAGGCUUCACAAAGAGAACUAUUUUUAGCUGAAAUGGCCAACAGGAAACUCUUGUCUGCCGACAUGGAUGAAGAGGAUUUAGAAUGGAGCACAGAAGCUGACACGGGCGAGCUGUUCAAGUAUAAGUCCAAUGCGGUGGAAUCUGAAGAGUGUAGUGGAACAGAGGAAGAUCAAAAGUCAGGGUUAAUCAGAGGCAAGUUUGAUUUAGAGGCCAACAACACCAACAUCUCGAAAUCGCCCAUGCAGAGCCAGAGAAAGAAGAGCAAAAAGGUUCUCUUUGGAAAAGAUGAAGAACCUGCUUUUGAUGCUUUGCAAGCUCUAGCUGAUUUGUCACUCAUGCUGCCAAUGGAAAAUGAAGAUGAGUCAAGGGUGCUGCUUAAAGAAGAACCUGAUGAUCUUGUUGAUGAGUAUGUGCCAUUAGAAUCCCAGCCAGCAAACCAGCCCAGAGAAAAACGCAAAUCUACAGGUGUAAAAAUGAAAGGGCAUCUAUCAAGUUUUGGAGCUGCUUCCAGCAAAAGAUCAAAACCUGGAAAAAGUUCAGCUUUAGAUGCUUUCUCUAUUCCCGAAGAAAACCAGGAUUCUAUUCAAUCCAACACGAAUAAAGUAAGGAGAAAACAGAAGGUGCAAGUGUCUAAGAAUGCAAAACCUGAAUCUCAUGGUGAUAUUCUUGUUAGUGGAUCUCCGAGAACCGAAGUUGGUCUCGUGGGAGACAAACUAACUCUCUCUGCUCCGAACGCUCUCAAUGUCAACAAACUGACCGUUCCACCUGGUGAAAAACCACAACAACUGUCCUUCCCGUCAUUCAUGAG